UGGGGGGGUGGAGUGUGGGGGCGACCUCUAGUGGAUGGAAAUGGGGACCGUGAAGGCAUCACCUCAUUCCACAGUAUCAACUGCUCCCUGCGUUGCUAAUAGCAACAGACUCCAAACAAACAGAAAGAAACCACGGGAAGUUCCUCUGGACAGACACAGACCCGCGCUCAUAGCGGACCGGGAUAUUUAGGUUUAGCAGUUUACUCGCAGUCUCAGGUAAAAUGAGCUCACCUUUAUCGAUGCUGAAGAAAACAAGGCGCACUCCGCUGCAGGGCCCUAUGAAUGAGCAUUGGGACAGGGACAGACAGAAAGUGCCUUUCAGGAGGAAUCUGUUAAAAGAGUUUCAGGCAGCUUUGGUGGACAGCAAUGGUGACGAUUCAUCUGAUCCAAACCGUCCUCAAACCUCUCGUACUCUGGCAAGCGAUCCCUCCUCUUCAAAGUCAAAAGCCCCAUUAAAGAAAGCUGCUCCACCGAGCGACUUUGAGCUCAUGUCUGCCAUGAUGCAGCGGGUGACUCUGCUGGAGAAGAAAGUGAAGAGCCAAGCGCAGGAGAUCGAGUGCAAGAAUAAAAAGAUCUCUGCUUUGGAGGAGAAGCUAAGGGUUCAGAGAGAAUCAGAGUUUAGAGAUCUGAGUGGCAGAGAUGAUCUUGAAAGAAGGUGCCAACAACUGCAGAAUCAAGUGCAUGAAAUGGAAAACUUUCUAGAUGACUAUGGUUUGAUCUGGGUGGGAGAUGGGGAGACCAGUGACUCAGCUGAGUGUGAGCAGACACACAGCUCAGGUAGAGGCCUCUGGCAGCCAGGCACCUCUGGGGUCAGGGAUUUCCACAUGAACUUUGACCUUGUGCUGCAGAGGAUCAAGGAGCUGAAUGUCCUGGCAGGGGAGGGUGAGUCUUUUGUGCAGUCUACAGCCAGGGGGGCACAGCUGGCCAAGAAGGAUCCUAUUCAGCUCAGGCUCUACAGCAACGGCAUCGUCAUGUUCGAUGGCCCUUUCCGCUCGUAUCAGGAGCACAGCACCCAGCACUGCAUGCAAGAUCUGAUGGAUGGGUAUUUUCCAUCUGAGCUUCAGGAGAGAUUUCCAAAUGGCGUUCCUUUUGAAGUUCACGACAGGCGAGAUGAGGAAUUUAUCCUCAGGCUACCGUGGGAUAAAUUUCCUGGUGAAGGACAGGCUGUUUGUGGGGAAUCAUCGAAUGUUGCUAGCUCUCAAAUACCUGGCAAGAAACUGACCACAGAUCAGUUCCUGAGGAGGCUGCCCAAGGUGGUGGUCAAAGCGGGUCGAGUGAUUGAUAUCAGGGACUCACUGAGGGCAACCCUGCAGGGUUCAUCUGACACCCAGAGCAACGACUCAGUGAUCCUCAUAAAUACACCAGCACUGCAGGCGAUGAAAGAGAGGCUGCAGACGCACAGCUCUGACCGGCCUUCGUCCGCCCGUGAUGUCAUCACACUCAAGGUCAAGUCAGAGGAUGGGAAUUGUACUUACGUCUUGAGAAUGUGUUUCUCAGAAACAAUCGCCCACCUGAGACAGUAUCUGGACAAACACCGAGGCAGUGGUCUCCCAGGUUAUGACAUCAUCAGCGCGUACCCACAGUGCUGCUACGAUGAUGACUGCAGGACGCUGCAAUCGUGUGGACUCACGACUAACGCAACUCUGCUGCUGCGAAAGAGACAAAACCCUCAUUCAUUGAUGGGAGUAAAUAAAAUAAACCUAUAAAACGUUA